CGCCUCCGUGGUUCUGCCUGUGGAUCACAGUCGCAGCUCGCUCCCUGUGUGGCCUCUGGGCUCGCAGGCUGGGGCUAAACCUGGGAGGUGCUUGGCACUGGCUUUGCGGAUGAGACCAAACUUCAGAGGCGGUGUCAUCUGGCCCGGCCGCGCAGCUGGUGCACGCCGAGCUCACGUGCAGACGAAGCUCUAGAGGCCUGGCUGUCAGGAGGGUUCCUUCCUGAAGACACACACGCAACCUCCUGGACCUCAGGAUUCAGACUUAAAACUUCCGUAUACAGGAAACCCCACAGGAUGCAGCCAGCAGCUCGGGUCAGUGGGCGCACCCAUCGCCCUGGUCCUGGGCUAAACAGUGAACAGGAACUCUGUGGCUCGGCGGUGGUUUCAGUUGUAGUAAAUGAUCCCUGGGAGAAUCCCCUUCAGAAGAUAUUUGGUGCAUUUUCAACAAAGGACUCUUCAGGAUAGAUGAGCGACUAUAAGUCAGGAAGGAAAAAGGUUGACAACCCAGUUUAAAAAAAAAAAAACUGGUAAAGGACAUGUACAGACACUAUGCAGUGGCCCAAAGUGCACACGUCAUCAGUUCUCCAGGGAAUGGGGCACCGGGCCCCUAGGCUGCUGAGCUUGAGACUUGUAAUGCCAGUGUUGGUGGAACGAGGAGCCGCUGGACAUCACCUGCUGCAGUUGGGAGUUUGUAACUCGGCACAACUAAGCCGUUUGGAAAGCUGCAGCUGCACGAGGGCCCAGAAGGUCCCAAGAGAAAGUGUGUAGAUGCACCUGCCAAGGACACACCCGCAGAGGCCACAGCUGCGAUUUCUUAGUGUGGGACCUCACUGGCAAAGACAGGUUGGCUGCUGUGGUUUCCAUCCCAGCCAUCUGUCUCCAUAGAAAAAGACCCGUGCCUGUACAUUCCACGCUUUGCGCACCUGCUGGAAUUCGGGGAGAAGAACCAUGAGGUGUCCAUGACGGCCCUGAGGCUCCUGCAGAGAAUGAAGCGGGACUGGAUGCACACAGGCCGGCGCCCCUCGGGCCUCUGCGGAGCAGCACUCCUCGUUGCGGCCAGAAUGCAUGACUUCAGGAGGACCGUGAAAGAGGUCAUCAGCGUGGUCAAAGUGUGUGAGUCCACACUGCGAAAGAGGCUCACGGAAUUUGAAGACACCCCCACCAGUCAGCUGACCAUUGAUGAGUUCAUGAAAAUUGACUUGGAGGAGGAGUGCGACCCCCCUUCGUACACAGCUGGCCAGAGGAAGCUGCGGAUGAAGCAGCUUGAACAAGUCCUGUCAAAAAAACUGGAGGAGGUUGAAGGUGAAAUAUCCAGUUACCAGGAUGCAAUUGAGAUUGAACUGGAAAACAGCCGACCAAAGGCCAAGGGGGGCCUGGCCAGCCUGGCGAAAGACGGCUCUGCUGAGGACACCGCGUCCAGCUUGUGUGGCGAGGAGGACACGGAGGAUGAGGAGUUGGAGGCUGCAGCCAGCCACCUGAACAAGGACUUGUACCGGGAGCUUCUGGGUGCCACCCCCGGCAGCUCGGAAGCAGCAGGAAGCCCCCAGUGGAGCGGCAGACCCCCGGCCCUAGAGUCCCUGCUAGACCCCCUGCCCACGGCGGCCAGCCUGGGCAUCUCAGACUCCAUCCGCGAAUGCAUCUCCUCCCAGAACAGCGACCCCAAAGAUGCUUCGGGAGAUGGCGAGCUGGACCUCAGUGGCAUUGACGACCUGGAGAUUGACAGGUACAUCCUGAACGAGUCGGAAGCCCGCGUGAAGGCCGAGCUGUGGAUGAGGGAGAAUGCUGAGUACCUGCGGGAGCAGAGGGAAAAAGAAGCAAGAAUAGCCAAAGAGAAGGAGCUCGGCAUCUACAAGGAGCACAAGCCCAAGAAGUCUUGCAAGCGACGGGAGCCAAUUCAGGCUAGUACCGCCAGAGAAGCCAUUGAGAAGAUGCUGGAGCAGAAGAAGAUCUCCAGCAAGAUCAACUACAGCGUGCUGCGGGGCCUCAGCAGCGCCGGCGGGGGCAGCCCGCAAAGGGAGGAUGCACGGCCCGAGCACAGCGGCAGCGCCAGGAAGCUGUCACGGAGGAGGACGCCGGCCAGCACAAGUGCAGCUGACCCUGUGACCAGUACGGGGAAAAGGUUGAGGCCUCUGGUGUCUACGCAGCCAGCAAAGAAGGCAGCCACCGGAGAGGGUCUGCUCCCGAGCUCCCCCGCCCUCGGAGCUGAGCCUGCCAGGCCCCAGGCGGUCCUGGUGGAGAGCGGGCCUGUGUCAUACCAUGCCGAUGAGGAGGCUGAGGAGGAGGAACCCGACGAGGAGGACGGGGAACUGUGCGUCAGCGCCCUGCAGAUGAUGGGCGGCAAUGACUAUGGCUGUGACGUCGACGAGGACGACGGCUACUGAAGCACAGCCUCCAGGCAGGCAGCGUCCUGGGGGGCCUCUCGGGUCUCCGCCUCAGGCCGACCUCCAGGGCCGCAGCAGGCAGCCUCUAGUGCCGAGACUCCUGGUGACAGGUGGCGCCUGCCCGGUGGCCCUCGUCCCACGUGGACCUCUCCAUUGGGAUUGUGUUUCUCUCCGGCAAGGGAAACCCGACCAAGUGUCUCCGUGCGUCUGUUCACCUGAGGGCCGGGUGUGCCCAGAGCUGGGUCCUCCUGCCUGCCCUCGACUCCAAGGAUCCUCGAAGGCUGGCACUGUGGCGUUGCUACUGUAAGGAAACAGAGAGUCAGGGCAGCCCCACCGCUGGUCCAGGUGCGUGUGGAGGGCUGCGUGUGCUGACCCUGCAACUCAGGACCAGCUCUAGAGCCCCAAGCCCACCCUCCACACUGUCCCCUCCCGAGCAGCACUCUGCGCCAGCACCCUCUGCCAGAGAGGAAGCUGGAGCCCUGCUGUGUCUAGCAUGGCAGUGGGAGCUGAAGGUUUAGCACUUGAGAGGCGGCAUCUCUCCCCGGCCACGUUGUCUGAAGGUCCUUUGCCUCCAGCUGUGGCCCUGCAUCAGAUCCCUGCCUCCUCCGAGACAGACACCCCCACCCUGCCUCCUCCAGGCCCCCUCCCCUCCCUACGGCCUGCACCGCCCAGAGCACUAUGGCGGACAGACAAGGGGGUCAGACCCUGCUCCAGGUCCACCUGAGUUGUGUGCCUGGGAGCCCCGUGGCUGCCAGCAGGUGAGCUGAGUGCUCCACAGCUGAGACCGGCGCCCCGGCCGCCCAGUGCAUAGCUCUGCAGGUGGUGUGGGCACAGCCUGCAUAGUGUCCUGGUGCUGGGGGUGCCCUGUGGACAGAGCCAGAGCUGCCCAGAAAGCAGUGUCGUUCCCUGUCAGAGCUGGAUCAGGUCCCCCCCAUCCAGGAGAAAGGGCAAGCGGAGGCCCGAGAGCCUCCCAGUGCCAGGCCUCCUCAUGUAAAGGCCCCAGUACCACCCAUAGGAGGUCUCAGCUCUGGCAUGGCUGCCCUGAAUGUGGCUGAGGAGGAGGCUUCACCCUGCGCCCCUAGGAGAGGGUGGCCUUGAGGCAGAGCUGUGCUGCACUGACCCCCAGGGGGCCUCAGGCUCCACAUGGAAUGGGCUGUAUAUCCUGCCUUCAGCAGGCCAGACCCCCCUGCCCCUGCCCAGAGCUCAGCAGUCAGCCUGGUUCCUGCCAGAGUGUGUUGAAGGCUCAGGGGAAGAAUAGAUUUAGUAAAGCAGAAAACUCUGUUAUGACUUGACAGAAA